AUGUCGUACUUAUUUAUAUCGAUUAUUGUAGUAGUCGUACUUUCUGGUACACUAGGCAGUUAUACUUACAAAACAGAGUUGAAAUCGAUCAGUAAAAACGAAUUUUUGGGCGAUAGAAGAAGCUCGAAUGGAUCUUUAUUUGACACCAAAUUUGCCGAAGGGAAAUCCGGAGUAAUUCCGCGUGACACAGGAGGCAACUAUGGAGACUUGAUAUAUAAAUUUAGGAGUAAUUCUGAUACUUUGCUGUUAAGAGAAGUUGUUAUAGCCGAUGAAUUGUAUUCGAACGAACAAGAUCUACGUUGGACUGUUUCCAUCAACGGCGCAAGAAUAACAUCGGUGAGAGUCCUAAAUUUCGGCAGGGAACGUGCGUUUUGCCUGCGAAUCGACGUCGCAGCAGGAGACGCCGAAGUCGUGUUAAGAAUACCCUCUUUGGUCGAUCCCAGAGUUAUGAUCGAAAUUUACGGAUUUUAA